AGGAACAAAAUUCAAUGAGUAAUCAACUUUUUAUUUUCUCUUAUUUAAUGAUAAUAAAUAAUCAACUGAUGUUGUGACCCUGCAAUCUUGGUAUGCUUUUUUUGUGCACAGCAAAUUAUAAGGCUGUCCGAUCCCUUGCAUUGAAUUCUCUGAACUUUGAAAGAAGCUCAAUUCUUCUGCAACAUUUCAUGGAGACCGGCCAAGUUUUAUCGCCUGAACAGGUCUCUCUGAUGGAGCAUGUUUUGCCGAUAUGGAUGAGUUCAUGGAGAUCAAAGAAUGCUAAAUUGCUGCAUACACGUGUGCACUUGGGCUUAAGGGUUUCCUUUCUUGAUCAUUCGGAAAUGGGGAACCUGCUGCAUUCUGCCGGAUCUCUUUACAAGAAAGCAAUGUAUUUGCUAGUGGAGAGGAGGGGAAUGAUCAAUGUUGUUCUGCACAAAGAUUCAAUUCCUACAGAUGUCUUGCAGUCAUAUAUUCACUCACUAGUACUGGCAAAAAAUACAGAUGAAAAGAGAUCUUUACAUUCAGAGAGCCAAUCAUGGAUGGAUAAACAGUAUGAAAUUUUUCUUCAGAAGCUUAAAGCAUCAGGUUGGAAAAUAGAACGUCUUCUAUGCCCUUCAAUUAUUUGGAAGGCACAUUGGAUGCAGGGGCAGUUCAAUGAAAAAAUUGACUAGGUAAUGUGAGUUCUACCACUUGAAAAUGGUGAAAAUAGGUACACUUGAUAGAUUUUCUAUUUGGGGUGAAGUGAGUUAGGCGAAAUAAUUGUCAGAUGAUAAAUCUAAUACAUAGGGCUUGUUUUUGGGAAUGCUAAAAUAUCCUCUUAUUGGUACCUUGGAUGGUGCAAAUAUAUAGCCUCAGAUCAGUAUGUGUUCAUGACCUCCAGGUUUAAAUACGGCAAUCUAUGGGUAAAGUUUGAGACUGUUUGAAGUUGAGGUAUUUGUUGGACACAGAAAUUCUCACUGCAAUCCUGAUGUAUUUUAUAUUUUCAUCUUACUGUUUUCUUUGGAUCAAAUUAUUCAGUUUUCUUUGCUAUAAGAUGCAUAAAAACGUGAUUUUUUUUUUGUACUUUGGACUGGAGGAAUUCAAAGGUCAAUAAUUAUAUUUAUGGUAU